GCCCCACCAUGAGCCAGCAGGCCCCGCGGGGCAGAGAUCCGCGCCAGCUUCGCCCCGUGUGCGUCCUGCUACCCGGCCGGCAGCAGCUCAGGUUCAACGUCGGGGUGAAAGCCACAGGACAGGAGCUCUUCCAGCAAGUGUGUGAUGCGCUGAACGUUAAAGAACCUCACUUUUUUGGCCUCAGUGUUGUCCGAAACAAUGAGUACUUGUUCAUGGACCUGGAACAGAAGCUCAGCAAAUACUUCCUGAAGGAUUGGAAGAAGGAGAUCGGUCAAGAAGACAAGAAGCCCAGCCCUCCUUUCAUUGCCUUCUUCCGAGUCCAGUACUACGUGGAAAAUGGAAGGGUUAUAACCGACAAGACAUCCAGGCAUCUGUAUUACUGCCACCUCAAGGACCAAGUGCUGAGAUCCCAGUGCCCCCACAAGGAGGAAAUCUACUUCCUGCUGGCCGCCUACGGCCUGCAGGCCGACCUGGGCAACUACCGAGCGGCCGCCCACGUGGGCAAGUACUUCGAGCCUCACGCCUAUUUCCCACAGUGGAUCAUUUCCAAGCGGGGCAGCCCGUAUCUGCUGCAGCACGCCCCGGAGGCGCAUCGCGACCAGCGAGGGCUGACCUCCAGGGAGGCCGAGCUCAGAUUCAUCCAGGAGGCCUGCCUGCUGGACGACGUGCCCGUGCACCUCUUCAAGCUGCGGAAGGACAAGAAAGAAGAGCGACCCACCGUCGCCCUGGGCUUGACGUUAAACGGAAUCCACAUUUAUGAGGAAGUGGGGCGUGUUCGGCAACUGGUCUGCGACUUCCCCUGGUCCCGCGUGGGGAAACUGGCUUUCCUGGGGAAGAAAUUGGAGAUCAGUCCCGACGGGCUGCCCUCUGCCCGCAAGCUGGUCUUCUACACGGGCUGCCCCGUCCGCUCCCGCCACCUGCUCCGGCUGCUCAGUAGCAGCCACCAGCUCUUCCUCCACCUCCAGCCCCUGCUGAGGAAACUGCGUCAGAUCGAGGAGGCCGAAGAGAAGAAACACUACAGGGAGUCGUACAUCAGCGACACGCCGGACGCGGACCACUCCUCCCCGGGCAGCGCCGACAGCAGAGGGGCCGGGGGCGGCGGGCUGAGGAGGAGAAGCAGCAGCCCCCCGCGGCCGGACCCCCGCCGAGGUUCUGCGGGCAGCAGCCGGUCUCUUGGGAGCGAAGCCGGCUCGGGGCAGCGGGCGUCCGGCGAGAUGAGCGUGGACGGGCCAGGCUCCAGCAGCGACGGCGACGCCAUGGGGAGAGACGACGGGGACCCCGACGGCCACGAGCUGGCGCCGGCGUCGGAUAAACGCGGGGUCACCUCCUGGGGACCCCCCUGGGACUGGGGCCAGCUGGACGGGUCAGCUGACGAGCUAUCUGUGGACGGCCCUGCCUUUGGCCAGCUGCACGGCUGUGGAGGCCCACCGCAGGAUGCCGUCGCCGUGGUUCAGAUCACGCUGCUGAAAACGAGGGGACAAAGUGCAGAGGCUCUCCAUCAGGUCGACACGGGCCGAAGCCGGACCUGCCGGGACCCGCACAGCCGCAGUUUGGACGAUGUCCGUCUUGGCCGCUGCCAGGGCCAACUCUCGCCCCCAGACCCCGCCCCGGCCUCCCCCGCCUCCCACAGAUACACCUUCGACUGUGCCCCGGAAGGCGAAGCGCUCGCCUCAAGCCCUGCCCACCCGCUGGCCGGGGGCGGGACCCGGGGGGGCCUGUAUGGGAGGAGAUGCAGCAACGGCCUGUCCCUGAGCCUCCCGGGGGAUGACAAGCUCCCGGAGGAAUUUGCCGUGUAGGCCGAGGGGCAGAGGGGGCUGGGAUCACCGCCUACUCUGUAGGCGUCCGUUCCCGGUGCCGCCUCCCUGCCCCCUGAGGAUCCCACCAGGGCCCAGAUGGACCCUCCCCCAUCUCCGGCCCGGUCACUUUGGUGCGUGACACGGCCGGCGGGCCAUUCUGGGGAGUUUGGUGGCUGGCAGUUUCAUGUCUGGUUGUUGCCCAUCACACCUGGGUGGGCUGGAAGGACCCCAUUAUCCCAGACUCGCUUGACUGCUGAGUUUCUGCAUCUUCUGUUGGGAUCACCAGCCCAUUCCAGGCUGCUGAGCCGGAUAUGAGGCCGAAUCACAGGAAGCCCUUCCGGCUGCACCGGUCGGGAAGGGGGUGCGGUGUGUUGGGGUGAUGGUCGGGGUGUGGAGCCAGAUUCGUGCUUGACACUGACCCCUCUUCUGCCCCCCUGCUGAGAACUCUGGGCCCCAUCCUGCCUUGUUUUGGGGGAAUGG